AUGGCUAUCUCAUACGCAAGUGGAAUGACAGCCGAUCAUACGCCAGCCCUUCCUUCCUUCCGAGAGCUUCUUCCUCCUCAUCUCCACGAUGAAAUUGAGUCGACUUCAUAUUUUGCCUCCCGCCAGAAUCCACACACGCGCGAAAGACCCCUUUCAGCUAGUUUCGACUUGACCCCGACUUCCCGAUCUCUGUCCGAUCGCCUGCCGUAUGCCACUCCCUCGAAGCUACCAUUGGCGGACGACUUCCGGCCUGGUGAAGCAUUUCCGCGAGACAGCAGCAGCCCCCUUCAUAGCCGCCUUGCCGGAAAUCCCCCUCAGUCCGCUUCAGCCUCGACUCGAUUUACUUCUCGUGGCCCCAGUCCCAUUCUGCCGUCGAUCCGCGAUCUUCAGUCCCUGCCCGAACGGGGGAUGUCCCCUUCGUCGGCUGCAUUCUCGGAAUCAAGGGGUUUGUCGCGACCCGAGUACGCGGCACAGGAUUUUCGCGCUGGGCCUAUGAGCGGCCACGGUUUUCCUGCGACCAACAUUUCCGGCCCCUUAAAUGAUAGGAGGAGUGCAGAUUCGUUUAUGGGAGGCGCUGGGCCGCAUUCGUUGCCCAACCAGGUCGCAUACCCGUACCCCACGAUGGCCUACCAGAGCGACUCGGAGCAAGUCACCCCGCAAUCGCUAUCCCACGCCCAGCAAUCCAAUUUUGGCAUCCUUGGCGAUCCGAUCGACUCCAAGAAUAAGCGCAGACGGGGCAACUUGCCGAAGCCGGUCACGGAUAUCCUGCGCGCCUGGUUCCAUGAGCACCUUGACCACCCAUAUCCUAGCGAGGAGGAUAAGCAGAUGUUCAUGACUCGUACGGGUCUCACGAUUAGUCAGAUCAGCAACUGGUUCAUCAACGCAAGGCGGCGACAGCUCCCUGCACUUCGCAACCAAAUGCGGAACGGUGGUAAUGACCUCGAUUCUCAGCGGCAGUCACCUUUCAGCGAUGUGGAGCAUACAUCUCCUGAGUCGAUGCCGUCUCCCCACAGGGGCACGAAGCCCUGA